AGUUGUGGCCUCUAGAAGAGAUGGCCCUCAUAUCGGAAACAAAAUAAAGACCAAAAGUUGUGGCUCAGCCACCAUCACCGCAGGCUAAUGGCUGGGCUACCAGCAGUGCGUUUUCUUAGCAGCAGCAGGCACUCGUACAGGCCAACAACGACCGUAGCUUCACUGCUCGCUCACCUCUCAAACCCCAUUUCUACUUCUACAAAACCUUCCCUCUUCUUUCCUCCUCUUUAUCACUCCACAAAACCCAUCUCCUCCAAAAUCCCAGCACCAAAAACUCACCUCACUCCCAGAGAGAACACCCUGGUUUUCAAGCGGGACGAGAGGUUGGCAAAUGGGGGUUCUGGAUCUUUGAAUGGGAACGAGCUCACUCAGAGUGCCAGCACGAUAGCCGCCAUAGUGACAUCCAUCGGGGGUCCACCUGGUGCUGUUGGGAUUGGCCGAUUAUCGGGACCCUCUGCGGUGGGUAUAGUCGGGCUUGUUUUCCGUCCCGCCGGGAAGAAGAGGAAGAAGAACUGUAGCUCCUAUUCACGGCGACCCACCAGCCAUGUUGUGGAGUACGGCGUCGUUUUGGAUCCUAAUGGCGAUGUGGUGGACGAGUUUGUAGUGCGUGAGCUUCAAUGGUGGAUUCUCUAA